AGAGAAGCAGAUUGGGAGAUAAGUGUGUGUUGAGUCAAUCAGUUUCCGAAAAAGGGCGUCCUCCUCCUCCUCAGUCUCUCAUGUUUGUCUCCACGGAGGAAGGGGCGGGCUCAGCGCCACAGCAGAUCCGGAAUCAGUAGGUGUUUGCUCGGCUCUGCUCGGCUCGAUCUGUCGGUGAGCUCCGCGGGCGGUUCGGUUCUAAAACAGAGAGGUGUGAGGAAACGGAGCCGCGAAAAGAACCAAAACAGACUUAAACCAGAAAAGUAAGAAGAAGGGAGAAGCCGGGUGGACUCAAAGUGUCGACCGAGGGAGGGACGACAAACUCGGAGCAGAAAAGAGGAAUAAAAGAAGAAGAAAUAAAAGUAGAGGCAGAAGAAGAGAAAGAUGCCUCUGGCUCAGUUGGCGGAUCCCUGGCAGAAGAUGCCGCUGGGGGGGACAGCUGGAGAGGAUGCACAUCACGACCCCGAGGACUCGGUGGGCGACGACGACUCUAUGCCUGCAUGCCCGGAUGACGUCCCGAUCAAGGAGAUCAACAUCACCAAUCACGUGAAGGAGGGAUCGGAGAAGGCCGACCCCCGACAGUUUGAGCUCCGUAAAGUCCUGGGACAGGGCUCCUUUGGAAAGGUGUUUCUGGUGAGAAAGAUCACAGGUCCAGAUGCAGGUCAGCUUUACGCCAUGAAAGUCCUGAAGAAAGCAACACUGAAAGUGCGUGACCGAGUCAGGACGAAGAUGGAGAGAGACAUCCUGGUGGAGGUCAACCAUCCCUUUAUUGUCAAACUGCACUAUGCCUUCCAGACAGAGGGGAAGCUCUACCUGAUCCUGGACUUCCUCCGAGGAGGAGACCUCUUCACUCGUCUUUCUAAGGAGGUGAUGUUCACAGAGGAGGACGUGAAGUUUUACCUCGCAGAACUCGCUUUGGCCCUGGAUCACCUUCACAGCCUGGGCAUCAUUUACAGAGACCUCAAACCAGAGAACAUCCUCCUGGAUGAGGAAGGACACAUCAAGCUGACCGACUUUGGCCUCAGUAAAGAGUCCAUAGACCAUGAGAAUAAGGCGUACUCCUUCUGUGGGACAGUGGAGUACAUGGCUCCUGAGGUGGUGAACAGACGAGGUCACACGCAUAGCGCCGACUGGUGGUCGUACGGGGUACUCAUGUUCGAGAUGCUGACGGGAACGCUGCCGUUUCAAGGCAAAGACCGGAAAGAGACGAUGACCAUGAUCCUCAAGGCGAAAUUGGGAAUGCCUCAGUUUUUAAGCUCAGAAGCUCAAAGUCUCCUCAGGAACCUUUUCAAACGUAACCCUGCCAACAGAUUAGGAGCCGGACCAGACGGUGUGGAGGAGAUCAAGAGGCAUCAGUUCUUCGGCACCAUCGACUGGAAUAAACUGUUCCGCAGAGAGAUCCACCCUCCCUUCAAACCGGCUGCAGGACGACCUGACGACACUUUCUAUUUUGAUCCUGAGUUCACAGCGAAGACACCCAGAGACUCCCCGGGGGUUCCUCCAAGCGCCAACGCCCAUCAGCUAUUUAGAGGAUUCAGCUUUGUGGCGAUAACAGAAGAGGACACACAACCUAUACCCAAUACUAUUGUACAGGUACACUCACAUAAGCAGCUGCACAGAAGCACAUCUCAAUUCUCAGACGCCUAUGAGAUCAAGGAGGAUAUCGGUGUCGGGUCGUACUCCAUCUGCAAACGUGGCGUACACAAAGGAACCGGCAUGGAGUACGCCGUAAAGAUCAUCAACAAGUCCAAGAGAGACCCGACAGAGGAGGUGGAGAUCCUGCUGAGAUACGGACAACAUCCAAACAUCAUCACCCUCAAAGAUGUCUACGAUGACGGCCGCUCUGUGUAUCUGGUGACGGAGCUGAUGAAAGGAGGAGAGCUACUGGAUAAAAUCCUCCGACAGAAGUUUUUCUCCGAGCGAGAAGCCAGCGCUGUUCUCUACACCAUCACUAAGACGGUGGAGUACCUGCACGUACAAGGGGUGGUUCACAGAGAUCUGAAGCCAAGUAACAUCCUUUAUGUGGACGAGAGCGGGAACGCUGAGUCCAUCAGGAUCUGUGACUUUGGUUUCGCCAAACAGCUGAGAGCAGAGAACGGUCUGCUCAUGACGCCUUGUUACACCGCCAACUUUGUUGCACCUGAGGUGUUGAAGAAGCAAGGUUACGAUGCCGCCUGUGACAUCUGGAGUCUGGGCGUCCUGCUCUACACCAUGCUAACAGGGUUCACUCCUUUCGCUAACGGCCCAGAGGACACACCGGAGGAGAUUCUGGCUCGAAUCGGCAGUGGGAAGUUCUCUCUCACUGGAGGAUACUGGAACUCUGUGUCUGCUGAGGCCAAGGAUCUGGUCUCCAAGAUGCUUCAUGUGGACCCUCACCGGCGGCUGACGGCGGGUCAGGUCCUCAGACACCCCUGGGUGACGCACAGAGACCAGCUGCCCAAAUACACCCUCAACCGACACGACGAGCCGAACCUCGUCAAGGGGGCGAUGGCGGCCACCUACUCAGCCCUGAACAGAAACGUCCCACCGGUCCUGGAGCCGGUUGGCUGCUCCACACUGGCUCAGCGCCGAGGGAUAAAGAAGAUCACCUCCACCGCUCUGUGACUGACUCCACCCUGCCUCCCUCUCCUCCUCCUCAACUCCUUACCUCGAUCUGACCUCCCACGGACCCUAGUCAUCCUCACUCCCUCCUCUCCGGUCCGGUGGGACAGACUACUGAUGAACCCAGGAACCGCUAAAGCCAAAUAGGAACACAGAGACCGCCUCCUCCCCCCUUCCUGUCAGGCCCUGCACCUGAACGGACUCUUCUGAUUGGAUCUCCACACUGAGAGCCUGUGGUCUCGGAGGCUCAGCCCUCUUGUGGCGUCUUUGCUUUGGACAAUCAGCGCAACAGGAAAAUAACGUACUGUAUUUAUUUCCUCUGAACAGAGGGAGUGUGGACAUAGGAACAUGGUUAUCUAAUGUAUGCAUUUAAGGAGCUAUGAUCAUCGUUAUUCUGCUGUCAUCAUGGGUCUGCAUAGCUGUAGAUCCAGUAUUUAAACCUCAAGUAGCCUCAGAGAUGAUGGCAUCUACAGAGAAGGACAGAACCAACACUGGCUCAUAGAUUCAGAGAAGAAAAACCAAGACUUUGGAGAGAAAAUGAGCAUUUGCUCCCUCUUCAGCUCAGACUGGAUGAUUUCUGGGUGUCAUCAAGUCUCAGGAGACGGAUUUUUAAACAUCUCACUCCUCUGGUUUUCAGUGUUUUACUGUUUAGUAUGUCCAAAAGAACAAAAAUGUAUUAGGUCGUCUUAUCAUAUGGAUGGCUUCAUAUUAAGAUUCCAGCAGUUUGUUUAAAUCUAGCAGUCUAUGUCAGAAAUGAGGGUAAAUUUAAGGAAUGAAGCUUUGGCCCUGGAGAUUUGACAUAAAACUACAGAAAGCAACCAGAACAAUUUACAUUUAUCUUACAUUUAUGAAAACAUGGCCUUUCCAAGCUGUAAUUCCGGCCUAAAACUUCAAAGUUUGUGGCACCCUCUGGUGGCUAACUAGGACUGGCUUUUUCCUGAAUAAUUAGCGUCUCUAAAAAUGACACAAAGGCUGUAAGGUCAGUGCCAAAGUAACAGAAAAUUAAAUAGCAAUUGUGAUAACAAAGUUAUAAUAGUAAUAGAAAUAAUGGCAUUGUAAUAGGUUAAAAUAAAUAUACUUAUUCAUCUGGUAAAACCAAGGUGACUUAUCAGGCUGCUUGAGCUCAAACUGUUGGACUCAAUUCUUAAACAAGCGGGUAAAAACAUCCGAUCUUCUGAAGACUCAAACCGUCUGGGUGUGAGAAAACAUCAGCCACUCCUUCUUCUGUAUAAGCUGAGUGAUCGUCUGUGAGAGCAGCAGACAGGAGCUGAACUGUAAAUAUGUCAACAUGUACGAGCAAAAAAAAAAGAAAAAAAACUCAGGUUUCUAUGAAAUAAGACAAUGCAUUUUUAUAUGUGGAGCGAGGGAGAGAGAUGUAAAUAAGCACACAGGAAUGAGUGACAGAAGGGAGGAGAGCUUUUAUCAGACUAAAGAAGAGUUUUAUUCCAAAUGUUGUCAUCCAUGCUCUUAAAGUCACUCGUUUUGUCUUCCGGAAACAUCACUUUUUCAUACAACAGUCUCUAAUGUCUCUUGUCACUUUAGUCUUCUGUCAGCAAAACCCUUUAAAAACUCAGCUGUGUAGCAGAAAACAAACAUGUAAGAACAUUCCAACAGCUUCAAAACUUCUUAAAAGUUUAGAUACCAUGUUGGAGGUUCAAAGGGGAGAAAUUAAAGUAAACCCAAAUCUACAAAAAAGACAGAUUUUACAUUUCAAGAUUUAUUGAUCCAAAUGUGUGUUGUUGUAUGAGACGUUUUGUACACUCAGCAGCAAGCACCAUGAGGCCUGGGUUAAUCCAAAAAAGUUGGGCCGCCCCCUGUAGGGAUCAGCAUGGGGAUCAGGUGACAGGCAGAGCAGUAGCCUUGGGGUCCUGAUCUCUGGUGGCGUAGUCUUUUACAGGCAUAUUGGUGCAGCAGUGACAUCUGUGUUGUGCCAACAGCUUGCAUUCCAACCAUCACCUACGGCCAUGAGCUUUUUUUUAAUGACCAAAAGAAUGAGAUCAUGGAUAUCAGUGAUUGAAAUGAGUUUUCUUCGAAGCAUCCCUGGACUCAGCCUUAGAGAUAGAGAGAAGCUCUGACAUGUGAAUGAAGUUUAGAGUAGAGCUGCUGCUGCUUCAUGUGGGAAGGAAUCUGUGAGGUGUAUUCAGGAUGCCUCCUUGUGGCCUCCCUGUGGAGGUCUUCCAGGCCAAUCCAAGCAAGCCCACUCCAAGCUGGAGUGAUUAUAUAUCCCAUAUGGUCGGGGCACACCUCUGGAUCCCCCAGGAGGAGCUGGAAAAUGGAGCUGGGAAGAGGGAUGUCUGGGUUGACUUGCUUUGUUGAAGAUGAAUAGAUGAAAUGCCAGUUUUAGCAUUUAAUUUUUAGACAACGGAAAACAUUUUAAGAGAGAUCUUGAUCGAUGUUACAGUAAGAAAAUCUCAUCGAAAACCCUCUGUAAAAAAAAAAAAAAAACAAAAAAAAAAAACAAAAAAGGAAGCUAUUCAUUCUUCAUAUAUCUAAUCUGCUCCUGAAAUAAGCCAGGAGGCUAGUGCCACUGAUCCCAAAAUGCAUUGAUAUUAACAAGUCACGUCUGUGGAGGGCCUGUUCACUGGGCUAUUCAGACAUCUCUGUUGCAUCAUUCAGGAUUUGAACUUGCACUGGAUUAUUUAGAUUGUUGUACUUUUAUGGAGGUUAAGAACACUGACUCUGCCUGCAAAAAGAAACCAAAUGCCACUCUUCUGAACAGAGAAGAAAUAAUAAGAAAUAAGAAUUAAUUGGCUAACUAUUUUUGAUAGUUUGGGUGAACUUGUACUUAAAAUAUAACUAGAACUACCGCUUUAUGCUUCUGUAUAUGCCUUCACAAGGUAAACAAAUGUCAGACAGUAAAACUUUAGUAGUGAGUCUAGAACGCAGACAAAAUCUUAAGGAAAUUGCUCAGAAAGUGUUUGAAAUACAGUAGCCUAGUGACCUUAAUCUUUACACAUAACCUCCAACAUCUAACCAGAUCAUCCUCCAAUUAGAACAGACUUAAGUGCAAAAUUUGAAAUCUCUCUCAGUAAUGCCUCCAGCCCUGGUUGAAAAAAGUUUUCAAACACUCAGAUGUGAGAUAAAACCUCCAACAUGGCCGUCAGAGGAUGUCUCAUCGUAUUAAAUCCAUGUCUGAUCAGGUGUUUUAGUGUUUUCCUGUACCUGUGUGCCAACUCUCACCUGUGGGGGUUUAAACUUUCUGGACGAGCAGACUGAAGACAAUCAGCGAGCACCAACGUCACUCCGUCAUCUUUACCUAUGAACGAUUAUUAACAGCUUCCUCACCUGUGCUCACCUGGGUGUGCUUCAACACAAAGGGAUGAACUGCUCUGAGACUCCAGAUUUUCUUUCUUUUAUAUGAAUAUGAAAUAUAUAAAUGUUGAUUAUAUUGCCUCAAUUUUGGAUGUACAGCUCUGGGAAAAAGGAAUGUAAAAGAUUUUUUUUUUUCUGUAAUUAUGAACAGGGGAAUAGCUUUCUUCUUCUUUCUCUCUCUCUCUGUCCAUCUUCUUCUUCUUCUGUCUGAUCCUAUUCAGCCCUGCUGCUACACCAGCUCUCUGUUUUUGUACCUGCAGUGAGAGUUGGACUUUCUAUUAAAAGUAAUAAAAAGAAUA